GGCGGAGAAGAGAAUACUAGAGUAGACUCGUCGCACCUGCUCGCCAACUCCGGCUGCGCGACUGCGUCUCCUCUCCACUUUUAAAAGGCAACGCCCGCCUCACCACCCCCACACGCUCGAUCCGAGAUUAAAUUGCACGCGUACUGUUCGACGAAUUUACACCACCUGCACCUGCACGUCGACUUGCAGUUGGAGCUAGCUAGAUACUGCAGAUUCCUAGCUAGGUGGUGGUUCGUCGGAUCAAGGGGGAUGGCCACGGCGGCGUCGUGCAUCUCGUUCGUGUCGCCGGGGCGCGCCGCGGUGCGGCGGCAGACGCGGGCGUCGGCGUCGGCGUCGGCGACGGACAGGCAGGAGGUGGUGUCGCCGAAGCGGCGGCUGCCGCUGCGGAAGGUGCCGGGGGAUUAUGGGCCGCCGGUGGUGGGCGCGCUCCGGGACAGGUACGAGUACUUCUACGGGCCCGGCGGCCGCGACGGCUUCUUCGCGGCGCGCGUCCGCGCGCACCGCUCGACGGUGGUGCGGCUGAACAUGCCGCCCGGCCCGUUCGUGGCGCGCGACCCGCGGGUGGUGGCGCUGCUCGACGCCGCCUCCUUCCCGGUCCUGUUCGACACGUCGCUCGUCGACAAGACCGACCUCUUCACCGGCACCUUCAUGCCGUCCACCGAGCUCACCGGCGGCUACCGCGUGCUGUCCUACCUUGAUCCCGCCGAGGCCAACCACGCGCCGCUCAAGACCCUCCUCUUCUACCUCCUCUCCCACCGGCGGCAGCACGUGAUCCCGGGGUUCCGCGAGGUGUACGGCGACCUGUUCGGGCUCAUGGAGAACGACCUCGCCCGCGUCGGCAAGGCGGACUUCGGCGUCCACAACGACGCCGCCGCGUUCGGCUUCCUCUGCCAGGCGCUGCUCGGCCGCGACCCGGCCAAGUCGGCGCUCGGCCGCGACGGGCCCAAGCUGAUCACCAAGUGGGUGCUGUUCCAGCUCAGCCCGCUGCUCAGCCUCGGCCUCCCCACCCUCGUCGAGGACACGCUCCUCCACUCGCUGCGCCUCCCGCCGGCGCUGGUGAAGAAGGACUACGACCGCCUCGCCGACUUCUUCCGCGACGCGGCCAAGUCCGUCGUCGACGAGGGGGAGCGGCACGGCAUUGCGCGGGAGGAGGCGGUGCACAACAUCCUCUUCGCGCUGUGCUUCAACUCCUUCGGCGGCAUGAAGAUACUGUUCCCGACGCUGGUGAAGUGGCUGGGGCGUGCCGGGGCGCGGGUGCACGGGCGGCUGGCCACGGAGGUGCGCGGCGCCGUGCGGGACAACGGCGGCGAGGUGACGAUGAAGGCGCUGGCGGAGAUGCCGCUGGUGAAGUCGGCGGUGUACGAGGCGCUGCGGAUCGAGCCGCCGGUGGCGAUGCAGUACGGGAGGGCGAAGCGGGACAUGGUGGUGGAGAGCCACGACUACGGCUACGAGGUGAGGGAGGGGGAGAUGCUGUUCGGGUACCAGCCCAUGGCGACCAAGGACCCGCGCGUGUUCGCGCGGCCGGAGGAGUACGUGCCGGACAGGUUCCUCGGCGAGGACGGCGCGCGGCUGCUCCGCCACGUCGUCUGGUCCAACGGGCCCGAGACGGCGGCGCCCACCCUGCACGACAAGCAGUGCGCCGGCAAGGACUUCGUCGUACUCGUCGCGCGCCUCCUCCUCGUCGAGCUCUUCCUCCGCUACGACUCCUUCGACGUCGAGGUCGGCACCUCCGCGCUCGGCUCGUCGGUCACCGUCACCUCGCUCAAGAAGGCCACCUUCUGACCGCCGGUCAAAGCCCCCGCCGUUCUUUCCCCCUAUUCUUCACUAGUACUAGUAUUUUAGCAGUAUUGUUUUUCCCACUCUGAUGUGUGAAUCAGCCUGUACGGAAAUGAAGUUGUAAGAGAAUUUUCUUUCCU